AUGGACCAAGAGGAGGCUCCACCACCCCCGUACUCGGCCGUCGACCCAUUACUCGCACCUGCGAGCAGCCGGAACAACAGCUCUUCUCAGGCCCCAAUAGUUCCUAGUGUGAUUGUCUCCCCAACGCAGGAUGCCAGUAGCUCUCGUGUCCCAAUACAGCCGACGGUCGUGCCGACGCAUUUCAGAUCCGCCGCUGCGUACUUUGAGGAACGGCUUCCCUCGGUCCUAGACGAGAGCCGGGAUCUUCUGCAACAUCAUAUGACCAUCUACCCCCGGAGCCAGGCUAAGGAUUUCCCACGACGGCCGCGGUGCUGGGCCUCUCGAUUAGAUGAGGUUACCCAGCAGGACUGGGAUACAUUCUUAAAGUAUCUAUUUCCGCCGCAAUUGGGGCUCGCUGCGUCCUCUCAGCAUCUCCCACGCCAAUUGCGAGCGGAGAUUAGACGAGACCGCAAAGAUCGCCCACAGGAGACUGAUGAACAACGGAAAGCUCGAAUCGCUGCCGUUGUCGCCGAAUGGAAUGAAUGCUUUUUCGAGCUCCGCGCUACCCAGAUUGUCUUUGUCUACGUAGGCGAACCUGAUUCUGCACCAUCGUCCGCUUUAUGUCCCCGAUGCUAUCCAGCGGCAACAGGUUCAAUAGAUGGCCAGCCGACUCGAAAUUCAAAUGCUCCGUCGCCCGUGCCUGGGCAGCACGGGCAGCACGUUCCGUCUCCGACUCCUUGGUCGAUGCCUCCCUCUAUGUUCCACAACCCCCAAGUAUAUGUGCCCCCAUCUCCAUAUGGAGUAUAUGGUGUUCCUCCAUACCCUCCCCCCAUAUCUCCUAACCAACCACCUCAAUACUAUACCCACCCACCACAAGGCGCAUGGCAAUGGAACAAUUGGAACUAUACGCAGCAGCAACCGCAGUAUCCCAAUAAUGGCACCCCCAAGGCUGGGUCCGGUGGGUGGAUUUCACAGAUCGCAUCACAAGCGCAGAAAUAUGGAGAGCGAUUCAGCGAACAGGCCCUACAAUAUGGGCGGCAGGUCGAGGAGCAGGCUAUUGCACAUGGCCGCUGGCUUGAAGAACAGGCAAGGCUUCAUAGUCGGAAAGCAAUAAUGGCUGGACCUCCAUACGGUGGUGGGUACUAUCCUCGGCCGGCCUGGGAUAACUCGCCACGUCCCGUAACCAACAUUCCGUUGACACCCAUUCAAAGCCCUAGCCCUGUGACAAGUCCUAAUCCGACGGGUCGGCCUGAAACAAUCAAUCAGAUUGAUAGCAAUAAGCCUAAGCCCUCUACAGAACAGCUUAGGGUAGAGCCACCCACGACCGAACAUACCAGACGAGUAUCGGUGAGCUCCGUGUCAUCUGAGUCCUCGUUCAGCUCAAUUGACUCCAUCUCGACAACAUCGGACCUGGGCGCUUCAGACCUUGCCACAGUGCGCACUCAAUUGGAACUUCUAGAUGAUCGUCAUGAUCGGGUAUUAUAUGACGCCGCCGUGGACCUCCGCCGGCAACUAUCGGUCCUGCAAGAGUCCCGCCGAGAAGCCAAGUUCUCCGGUAAUAACUGGCGAGCAGGUUUCAGCCAGAGCCAACAAAACAACCAUCAAUCCGGUGACGACUGGGGUCGCUGGGACUCACCUGAGCAGCAGCAACGCAACUCGGCCGAUAGACGCGCCAUGAAAGAAGAAAUGCGUGCCACCAAAAAAGCAUUCCGGGACACGCUGCGCCGAGCACGAGACGAGCAGCGUGAACGCAAACGUACUCGACGCCGCCAGGUCCGACAAACUCGCGCUAAUGACAACGAUACGGCGAAUCAUAUGCCUUCCCAGCCGCUAGAUCAACAGCUUGGGACGUUGCGGCUGGAAGACUCGCGGCAAUCUAACCCGCCUAUGCCUCCACGUCCAGUCAACACACAAGCACAGACUAGUCCGGUUUCUACACCGAAUAGCUCUAAUGUCGGAUUUGGAUUUGCUUCCAAUUCCCUCUCCCCUGCUAUCUCGCGGCUAAGUACGCAGGAGUCGGCACCUACUGGAGACUCUGGCGCCUUGGUGAAGAAAGGGAAGCCAGGUGAUACAUCCAGUCGGUUAAAGGAUAUGCUAUUACCGCGCAAGGCGAGAAAGCAACAGCCGAAGGACGGGGAUACGGGAAGUAAAUGA